AUGUGAUAAAUCAAAGGUUAAACCUUUUUCUUGAUUUAAUAAAAGGCAUUUGAACAGAGUAAAAUUUUCUUCUUACAAAGUUCUUUCUAAAUAAUGUAAACCAUUUCUGUAAUUCAGCAAUUUGAUUUUAAAUUUGAUUUUUGACUUGGAUAUAUCAAAGACAUUUCAGUUGAUUUAUUUGUUAUCUAUUUCAAAAUAUUUAGUUCUAAUCAUUCAGUCAUGAGUGAGGGCUCAAGGCAAGAACAAGAGACAAGAGAGAGCGAGCAGCAACCUUUUAAAGGUCAUGCUGUAAACUGUAGUCCCUACAGCUCUAACUGUGCUAGACCUAACUCAAAAGGUCCCAGGCAAGAACAUGUAAAAAGAGACACUGAUUACCAACCUUCUUGGGGUCCUGCAGUUAACAGUAGACUGGAAACACUAGGCUCCAGUUAUGAACAAGAAAGAAGAGAGAACUGUUAUCAAAAUUCUGAGUGUUCUGCAGUUAACAGGAGUCACUGCAGCAAUUAUAACAGUCCUAAGCAUGAACAAGAAAGAAGAGAGAAUGAUUACCAAACUUCUGAGGGAUAUGUGGAAAACAGUAGUCCCCAUAGCAAUGCUUACAUUAGACCUAAUUCAACAGGCCUCAGGCAUGAACAAGACAGAAGAGGCACUGAUUACCAGCCUGAUAGGGGCCAGGCAGUAUACACUAGUCCUCCCUCUAGGAAUCAUUAUGAUCGUCCGGAAACAAUAGGUGAUCAGCAGGCACUGGAUAAUUAUCAACAGUUUGACAUAGGAUAUGUUAUUGAGCAGGCCAGCAAUACUUGGAUGAGUUAUUACAACCCAUGGACAAAAGAUACUAAGAGUUCAAAAGAAGAGAGGGAAAAAAGGAAUAAGCUAGAAAAAGUAAAACGGGAGCAAGAAGAAGCUGAAGAAAAGAAGAAAGAAGAACAACACCCCAAGGAAAGAAGUAGAGAAGGAAUAAAAAGUUGCUAAAAUUAUCCUUUAAAUCAAUACAUUGUAUAUUUUAGAAGUACAUUUAUUGCUUCUAGAUUUAAAUACAUAUUAAAUAAAGAGUGUAUAAAAGGAGAGGAAGUUGAGAAGGUCUUCUCCGGUUCCAAGAUCCGACACAACUCCUUUACGGGGAUUUCAUCCUCUACAGAAGUCCCCCUAAGUCUCGAGCAUAGAGGUAGUCGAGAC